UGCCAGCUUUGCAUGGCACAGUAAGGAUGAAAAGUGGAGGUGAAAGCACUGAAACACCCACCAUGCCAAGUACAUAGUGCAGCUGUCCUUCAAAAACGAGGGGGGGAGAAGACUGCCAAAAGACAUCGAAGAAGGUGUUUGGCUUUCAACGUCUUGGAUACGUCGCCGAUCAAGUGGGGCAAGGAUCAAGCCGGCGCAAUUGACAGCUCGCAAUAUGGAAGAGCAAAAGGAUCAAAACAUUCAUGUGGAGAGUAGGGAAUCGAGCGAGGCGGAUCGCGUUUCGCUCUCUCCGCCCUUCCAGUCGCCUCAAAUACAGCCCCAUCCAGCGGCGCAGCAGCCGCACAGAAACACUAACUUUUUUAUUGACAAUAUCUUGAGGCCGGACUUUGGGUGUAAGAAGGAGCGAGAUCGGGCGCAGACGUCCGGCAGAGAAAACGUCAAUCCCCUUACGAGGCCGUCAAACACAUCGAGUCUAAGUGCGGAUUCAGACUGUAGUGACAGCUCCUCGCAGCCGACCAAGCAGUCCCAACCAAAGCAAAACGAAGGCGAUGGAACUAAUUCGACAAAGUAUGCAGAAAACACUGGCUCAGCGCUUAUGCUUAUGGGGGCUAAUGCAGAACCUUUAUCCAACACGGAGGGAGUCAAAACGCCAACAUCUGCGACUCUAAUGUGGCCUGCCUGGGUUUAUUGUACGAGAUAUUCAGAUAGACCGUCUUCUGGUCCCCGAACUCGAAAACUGAAGAAGAAGAAGAGUGAGAAAGAAGACAAGCGGCCACGGACAGCGUUCACAGCCGAGCAGCUGCAGAGACUCAAAGCAGAAUUCCAAACCAAUCGCUACAUCACCGAGCAGAGGCGGCAAACGUUAGCACAAGAACUCAAUCUGAACGAAUCUCAGAUCAAAAUCUGGUUCCAGAACAAGAGGGCGAAGAUCAAGAAAGCCAGCGGCCUGAAGAACGGCUUGGCUCUGCAUCUAAUGGCCCAGGGACUUUAUAAUCAUUCCACCACAACAAUUCAAGACGAGAAAGAGGACAGUGACUGAUAUUCCGUUUCAUUCUGUUGAAAUAAAGGACUGUGACAGGUAAGGAGAUGCCGAGAGAUCCCUGCUUGACCGAGAUUUUAUCAUUUCCGUUCUCAAUGUUGUCGCUGAUCGUUUUAGUCAAUGUCAGGUCUAGAGAUUUUAUGUGAACCCGGUCUUUUCUGAACUUGUUCAGAAACAUAAACAGACUACGUAAUGAAUCGCCGCUACAUGCCAAAGAUUUUACUAUGUUGAGAAAUGAUGUAGCUUCAAAUAAAGUGUAGACUGUGCUCCAUGCACAU